AUGGCGAUACAUAAAACUUCGAGCCCGAGCACACGCAAUGGAGCCUUAAACAGUCAAGUGAAAUCCAAUUCACGAAAUCGUUUGAUUUCUGGACAACAUCAUUGUUGUAAAGGGCGUAAUGCCAGAGGAAUUAUUACCGCAGGGCAUAGAGGGGGAGGUCAUAAGCGUCUAUACCGUAAAAUUGAUUUUCGACGCAAUGAAAAAGACAUAUAUGGUAGAAUCAUAACUAUAGAAUAUGACCCUAAUCGAAAUGCACACAUUUGUCUCAUACACUAUGGGGAUGGUGAGAAAAGAUAUAUUUUACACCCCAGAGGGGCUAUAAUUGGAGAUACCAUUGUUUAUGGUACAGAAGUUCCUAUAAAAAUGGGAAAUGCCCUACCUUUGAGUGUGGUUUGA